AUGGGAGAAAAAGAAAAGGCCAGACGGCUUUCGUUUGUGGAGAAGUUGUCUCUCAACUUCGUUAUAAGUUCUAGUAUUUAUCGUUUCCCAGAUUUCUUCUAUCGUAGUUCAUCCUUAGAGAAGCUCAGGGUGUCAUAUAUUUUGAUUUUGGAAUGCACAGUAUCUUGGAAAUCCCUAAGGAAGUUGACAUUGUCGUGUUGUUGUAAUCUCAAGUAUGAAUCUGUUGAUAAUAUUCUCUCUGGCUCUCCAAUGCUUGAAACCUUGGGAUUGCAUUAUUGUACUGGACCUGUGCGUCUUGAUCUGAGUAAAUCACGUAGUUUAAGGAGAUUAAAGAUUCGUGAUUACAAAGGGUAUCCGAAUAUUUCUGGGAACGAUCGUCAAAGGCUAGCGGAGAUUGUAGCGCCUCACAUCCAUUAUCUGAAGUUGAGGAGUUGUUAUAAACCAUUGACUUUAGUCGAUGUCUCUUGUUUGAUGGAAGCUCAUCUUGACAUCUUCAGUGGACAUUCAUCUUCCUUGGCAUUAAACAUUCCUUUCGAAGAGAAGGCUGAUUUUCUUCAAACAGGGGUCUUAAAGAUGCUAGCAAAAUUACAAAACGCAGAAAGGCUUUCUUUUGGGGGUUCCCUUCUUCAGAUUAUGUCCCUCGCUGAGCUCCGUGGUGUUUCUUUCCCAACGUUCAAGGUCCAAACUUUGACGCUUAGAACCAGGUUUGCACAAUCUUUUAUUCCUGGUAUAACAAGGUUACUACCUGGAUUAAGGAAGCUAAUAGCAGUACCAACACAUAUUGAUGACAUUGACAUAGAGGAUAGUGAUCUGGACAGCUAUUUGGAUUCACAAGGCUUGAAUCCAGAUCAAUGUUGGAGAUCAAAAUAUGAUGUGUUUCCUACCUCAGAUGAGUCUGAUAUGAUUGUACGUAAUGAGGAAUCAUUGUGGGAACUCGUGGUGUCGUUCGUUGCAAUGGUGCUGAGAAAUGUAAUGACACUAGAAAUGUUGGUGGUGGGGUUGAAUCAUAUUGACCGAAACUUUAAUGAUGCAGAAUCGUUCGAAGAUUUGCUUCAGAUGCUUCCUAACAAGAAUAAUGUCUCCAUCGUGCUCAAACGCUAAGUAUUUGUAUGAAUGUAAUUUAUUCACUCUUGGUUUUAAUUUUAUACAACAG